UCCUUGCUGGCAACGUAGAGGUCUCGUAAAUAGGAUAUAUGUGAGCCUGUCCUAGGGUUAUUACCUUUGAAAAAACAAUUCCUCGUGCAGUGGUACUGGAUUAUAUUUAUAAACAAUGUCUUCUGAACCAGGCAGCAGCAUCUGUCCAAAGUCCUUAAUAUUGUCUAGAUCUUGCCCAGCAAGUGCCACAACCAGGCUAGUUGAGCAGAAUGUACACAAUGAAGCAGCUCAGGGAAUAAAUGGAAGUGUGCCAGUCAAACAGUCCCCGCGUUCAGCUUCAAAUCCAAAGCCACAAGUGCCUCCAAAGCCAAUUCAUCUGCAGAAGGUGUCACCUGUCACAUACCAAACCCCUAGGCAUAAAGCUUUAUCAAAUCAGAAACCAAGAAUGGAGGAAGAGACACCCACCCCUGUUUCUGGUGUCUCAAAGGAGAAGUCCAGCAAAGUGUCAGAUCUCAUCAAUCGAUUUGAGGGAGGCAGCACGUUAAAUCCAAAUGAUUUGAAGAAAGAUUCCUCUGUUCUCCACAUUUCUAAAUCUCAAGGAAGAUAUGGAUCAACACCAUCACCUCAGCCAAAACUCCCCUCCCAGCACCCACUACAAAAACAGGGAAACAGUAAUACUGACGACACUCAGGUUGCACAGCUACACACAGCCAACGGAGUAGUAGCACAAGACCAGACAGAAGAUGAGGACAGGAGAUUACCUGAUCAUGACUCUGCUGUGUCCACCAAGGUUCCAGAUAAUGCCAUCAACAGCAGCUUGAUAAAUGGGGAAAGUGAAAGUACUUCCAGAGAGUCAUUGCAAAGUGUGACUGCCUGUGAUGAACAGAUGCUUAACAGCUGCUACAGGACUCCAAGCAGUCAUAAACUGCUCCCAUCUGAAAAUGAAACUCUAGAAAUCAAUACUAAUAUGAAGGAAGGACCAACUGAGGAAAUCAGUAAGCAAGAUCAACCUGUAGAAAUGAAGGAGACAGACGACCAGAAACGUCACAAAAUUGCCAGUGAACUUCUGCAAACAGAAAAAGCCUACGUUAGCCGACUUGACCUCCUAGAUGGGGUGUUUUACUCCAGACUCCUCGAGGAAGCCAACAGAGGUUCAUUUCCAGCUGAAGUGGUUAACAAAAUCUUCUCUAAUAUUUCAUCAAUAAAUGCCUUCCACAGUAAAUUCUUACUUCCAGAACUUGAGAAAAGAAUGCAAGAGUGGACCACCACCCCCAGAAUUGGAGAUAUUCUGCAAAAGUUAGCUCCUUUCCUCAAGAUGUAUGGAGAGUAUGUGAAGAAUUUUGAUAACGCAAUGGAAUUGGUGAAAACGUGGACCGAACGGUCACCUCAAUUCAAAUUCAUUAUUCAAGACAUUCAGAAGGAAAAAGUAUGUGGAAAUUUGACAUUGCAACAUCACAUGCUAGAACCUGUGCAACGCAUUCCACGCUACGAGAUGCUUCUAAAGGACUACCUAAGGAAAUUGCCUCAGGAUUCUCUAGACUGGAAAGAUGCUGAAAAAUCCCUGGAAAUUAUAUCCACCGCAGCAAGUCACUCAAAUAGUGCAAUAAGAAAAAUGGAGAAUCUAAAGAAAUUGUUAGAAAUAUAUGAGAUGCUGGGAGAAGAGGAAGACAUUGUGAACCCUUCAAAUGAACUGAUAAAAGAAGGACAGAUCCUUAAACUCGCUGCUCGCAAUACAUCUGCUCAAGAACGGUAUCUUUUCCUAUUUAACAAUAUGUUGCUCUACUGCGUCCCCAAAUUCAGCUUGGUAGGAUCAAAGUUCUCAGUUCGAACCAGAGUUGGCAUAGAUGGCAUGAAGAUUAUAGAAACUCAUAACGAAGAAUAUCCGCACACUUUUCAAGUGUCUGGAAAAGAGAGAACACUGGAGUUGCAGGCCAGUUCUGAACAAGAUAAAGAAGAAUGGAUAAAGGCACUUCAGAAUACUAUAGAAGCUUUUCAGCAGAGGAAUGAAACUUUCAGAAAUGCUAUUGCUAAAGAAUAUGAAGACACGCCUGUUGAAGUUUCUAAUGCUGAGCUUGGGAAGAGAGCACCGAGGUGGAUAAGAGACAACGAAGUAACCAUGUGCAUGAAAUGCAAGGAGCCCUUUAAUGCACUGACAAGGAGAAGGCACCACUGCAGAGCAUGUGGGCAUGUGGUUUGCUGGAAAUGUUCUGACUACAAGGCACAUCUCGAAUAUGAUGGCAAUAAAUUGAACAAAGUCUGUAAGGACUGCUAUCAUGUUAUAACAGGUUGUACAGACAGUGAAGAAAAGAAGAGGAAAGGCAUCUUGGAGAUUGAAUCUGCAGAAGUCUCUGGAAAUAGUGUCAUAUGUAGCUUUCUUCAGUACACGGAAAAAUCAAAGCCCUGGCAGAAAGCGUGGUGUGUUAUACCUAAACAGGAAGCUCUUGUGCUGUACAUGUAUGGUGCUCCACAGGACGUUAAAGCUCUGGCUACAAUUCCACUUCUGGGCUAUACAGUAGAUGACACUCCAAGAAGUGCUGACCUCCCACAUAGCUUCAAACUGACCCAGUCUAAGUCUGUGCACAGCUUUGCUGCAGACAAUGAGGAACUAAAACAGAAAUGGCUAAAAGUUAUCCAUUUAGCUGUCAAAGGUGAGACACCAGAAUGUCAAAAUGAAGUGCCAGUGAAUUUAGAAGAGCAACCUGAAUCUUCUAAAACAUCUGAAUGAUGAAGCUCAAGAACACAGGGCAUUUUAAAAAGGUUUCAAUUGAAUUUGUGGUUAACUUUUGUGUUAACCUGUCCUUGCUCAGUAAAAAAAAAAAAUAAAUAAAAAAGAAAAAGAAACUUCCUACUACCAUACACAUCUUAGCACUUUAUGUUUGGGAAAAAUUCUGGUCUUUUUAGGGAUCUUUUUCUUAUAUUUAUGUUCUGCCAAUGAAAGCAAUGUACAGGUCCAUUUCAGAGACUUUUUAAAAAAUGUGAAUGCUAUAAACAUACUUACUAACUUUACUGUACUACUUUUUUGUCGUGAUGCAAUUUUUUUUUUUUUUUCAAAAUCCAGUUGCUCUUCAGUUAAUGUUUGCGACUUUCAGUAAGAAUGCAAAUAUUGAAGCUUCCUACUUACAUGUUAGGACUUGCAACAGGAUAAAAGAUAUACCUCCACAUUGCCAAAAUAGAUCUGUAGCUAAAUAUGCAGGGACAGUUUGGUUUAAUGUAUGUAGUUUAUAGAUUGAAUUCUAUGGCUCUGUACAUAUGUUGUAUUCACUUGUCUCUUUUUAAUCAAAGCACUGCAAAUUGUUUUCAGAGGUAUAUUGGCUUUUAAAGUUUAAAUUUAUCAAGGAAACAGUCUAAUGAUUUUCAAUCUAGAAAUGAAUACCUAAAAUAUGAGAAAACAAUAUAUAAUAUAUGUACAGUAUUGAAAAUGUUCAAGAUUUGAUUUUUGCUUUGAUUUCGUGAUACUGGGUUCCUAUCAGUGAAUAAUUUAUUUAAAAAGCAUGUUUUCUAUUUGAAAUUAAACACACUCCUAAAUUUAAAAUUACUGUUCAGUGAUUUGUUUUAAUAACUGGCAAUGAUAUUUUUAAGCAUUAAAAAUAGCAGCAAUUUGAGUGGUAUGCAAUGGACAAAUACAUCCCAGUUGUGCUUGAAAGAGUAGUCCCUUUUCUUCAAUGUCCUGUCACUGUUAGUGCAGUAGUUUGUUGCGAAAAUGCAGUAUGUGGUUUGAGAAAAGCAACAGAUUCUAGUAACCUUUCUGGGAACUUGUAUUUUUGCUAUUAAGGUUAUUAGAACAAAGGACAUUUUGAACUUAGAUCUAAUUUUUGCAGAAGAUUUAUUUAUGCCACAGUCUUCAAGGAUAAUUGUCAAAGUGGAGCCAGCUUUAUAUGAACUCAGUAUGAAGUAUAAACCCCCAAAUCUCAAGUUGCAUUAACUGACUUUAUUUGCAUUCUGCAUUGCUGGUGUUACAAUAUUAAGUCCCUUGUGAACUUCUGUUCCUGUUUAGUGUUUUUAUACAUAGAGGCACGUGACCUCCUUAAAAUUUUUACUGUAACUUCCUUGGAUGAAAUAUGACAAAUUCAGAGGUAGCGGCUGACUAUGAAGUAGAUAAUUUAAAUCAUUGCUAUAUUUCCUUUUCUCACCACUCAAAGGAAGGAAAAUAUUUAACUUCUGCAAUCAACUUUUCAUAAGAACAUUGAGGAGUCUUACUUCUCAAUAUAACUGCAUUCUGUAUUUUAAAUCAUGUCAAGCUGAAGAGCUCAGGUUCAAGUCCAGUUUUGUUAGUAACAAAAGGGCAGAUUUAAAGGGCUCCUUUUUAUAAUAGGAUUUCCAGACAAAGUAUCCACUGAACUACCAUUCCCACUUUACUCUUUCUGCGACACUAUGCGGGAAAAGAAACAAUCUCAUUUAGGACUUAACAAGGUAUUGUUAAAGUAACCUCUGCUUUUAGUGUCAAGCACACGAGUACUCACUAUCUAUCAUUCUUCAGUAAGAAGAAUGUCAUACAUCUUAGUGGGCUGGAUUUUGCUCUUGCCUGCACAAUUCCAAACUCUACCAUGGCCUUUAUACUUAAAGCUUUACACUAGUGUUAGUAAUUAUCAGGACAUGGCACUGUAGAGUACUAACUCUACAACUGACUUCAUACAUAUCAGUUCUGAACCUUCCUUGGGUGCUCCAUGUGUCCAGAUUAACUUUAGUAUUACUUUUAUCUGAUGCACAAGCUCUUCUGCAAUUCCCUGAGAGAUUUUAAGUGUCAGUUGUAUUUAUCUUUAUUUAUGGGCAGCUUUAGCACAUUCUGAUUCACAUUGGUGAGUACCAUCAAGUCUUCUCCUGGCUUUCCCUAACUAGUGCGUGUUGCCUUGUGUACGCCUUGGUGAGGGAUGGGGGAGCAAUUCAGGUAAGCAAAAAGAAUUCUCCAUGGCCAACUUCCUUUCAUGGUCAUCUCCUGAAAGUGGGUAUCUUCUAAAAGAGUUAGAAGUGCAAUUGUGGGUCAUCUUAGCACAUCCUAAAAACAUUUUUCCCCAUGUUCAGGUUGUUGAAUGUAAGGGGAAAAGUUGCCUUAAAGGACCCCCCAGAUAAGACAGACUAUUCUGAAAGUAAUGUAAUGGUAUAACUGUAAUCGUGUAGUGCAUUCAGUUUUCCAAGCUUCUGCAAACUUAACUCUGAGCCAAGCAGAAGACCUAUUCCAGCUGAGUGACUGGAGAAAUUACUAGAAGCAGCAAUUUCUGAGCCCUGUUAUUGUUAUAGUGGUAUUGAGUAUCUGAAGCUGUUUGAAUGAUUUCAGUCUCUCCCAGAUGAAAUCCUGCAUUUGGGCAUAAACAAUUUGAAGUUAGCAUUGGAAGCUAUUUAUUUGGAUGUUAGCCUCAUGUUUGCUGUCAGCCAUUUAAGUUUAUAUAGCAUUUUAUUUUAUUUACCCUAAUUAAGCCUAUUUCAGGUUGUCAUAAUCAGUUGCUCUGUUAGAAUUGUUCUGAGUCAGAAUGUCUUGGCACUCAAAUGUAUGGAUCUGUGUGUAUUUUGUAGGAAAAGCAUGUACCACCAAUAUUAAAGGAGAUCAGAAGCUGGAGAAGUUGCUUCUAGGUUUAACCAUGCUGUUUUAUUCCAUUCUCCACAGACAAGCCUCCCUUACAGCAUCCAAAAUUUUUUCUUUAACUUUAAAUUGUAAAUUAUGGCCACAGAGGAACAAAUGCAAAAUUGUAACUGCUGUGGCUUAAGUGCCAUGAACAAAGCAGUCAAAUUAAAACCAUCAUUCCGACAAGGUAUACGCUGUUCCCAUUUGAGCUGUUCAUUUUUUUUUAAGGCAUUAAAUAUAUUAGCACAAAGCUGUUUGUGUAAGGAAUAAACUAUAACUGAGCAUUCAUUCAUAAUACAUGAAUGUAUGUGAAUGGCUCUGCUGAAUUAUUUAAGCUUUGCAACUCUUGUGCUUGUUUCUCACUUCAAAACUGACCAGUCUUCUGUGCAAUUUAAAGCAGAUCAAGUUAUUUUGUGCAUUUUUACCUGUGUUCAACCAGAACAAUGGCAUAAUUUUCUCAUUAUUACAUUUGGAACAUAUUAAUGUAUUUUUCAAAAUGAUGUAGUAUUUUUCUUCUGUCAUGGAAAAAUAGUUGUGUCAUGACAUCUGCAUGUCUGCACCAUUUUUUCAGAUCCUUUAAAAAUUGUUUUUUCGUAGCAGGUAUUCCUGCUUGGUUGAAGAGCUGCUGUAAAAUCUAUAGCAUCUAGUAUUUUCAAAUCCCUUUACAUGGAGUAGUUUUGUUAAUUACAAAAUGUAUUUAAUUUUUAUGUGCAAAAUAUUGAGAAUACAAAAUGUUCUUUUCUAUUUUGAGUACAAUAUUAAACCACUUCAAAUGCAGUUAAUAUAUAGUGGAACCCUUUUAUGCAAAAACAUCUCAAAGUGCUUUAUAAAUAGCCUCAAAUAUUCUAAAUCCUUUUCUUAGAAAAGAGGAUUUUUGUUCUUAUUUUUGAAUUAUGGAUGAAGCCAAGGCACUGAUUAAAUGUAGAAUAAAUACACUACCACCUGAGGAAAUUUUAGAUGAGGUUAUAGAAGCAUGCUCUAAAGAGUUCCAAGUGCAGUCAAAAAAAUAGUAAUAUAUAUAUAUAUGUAAAAAUAAGUGGGAAAGAUGUGGAAACACUUGACAGGUUCUUUGAGUUUUGUUGUUGUUGGUUGUUUUGGUCUUUUAUAAACCCACAUCACCACGUAGCUGGUAGAAAAAUAGGUCAGUUUUUCAUUUCAAGACAAGAUUAAAUAAAAUGAACAGAGGGCAAUGGCCCCUUAUAGUGAAGGAAAGGCUUUCAGGAAAGAAACAUUCCAUGUAUAAAUAAUUCUAAGCAAUAAAAAAGGAGCCUUCUCCAUAAAUCUAUAUAGAGAUCUGGUGUAAACUAGUGUAGACCUGCUGAAGCUAUUAUGCCUUCAGUGAUUUCAACUCAUGUAGAAUCUGCCUUACAUUAUACAAAGACAUUGGUGAAAAAUCAGGAUUUCACCAGUUUGAGAGCUGCUGACUUACUAUGUCUUAUCUGGAAGCACAGUGUUCACUUGAACUUCAGGUAGGUUUCAACUGGAGAUAACUGAUGUAGGGGUGAAUGUAAACAGCUGGAAAUUAAUAUCCAAAAAUAAAUUAUUGGAGAGGAGAAAUAUUUUUGUGGCAGAAUUCACUGUCCUUAAGAUAAAUCCAUUGGUGAAAUGGGCAUAAUUCUUAGUUUGUGGUGUACUUACUUGAAAUGUGAAAUGAAAUACAUGGAGUUAUAUUUUUUUCUCCAGUCUGUGGCCCUGUUGGUAUGAGGAAUUGACCUAGCUGGUGCUGACUCUUUGGACUGUAGUGACGUAUGUUCCUUGGAUAGGAGUUUUAAUCUGCUAGUCAGAUUGUUUUCUAAAUCCUUUUCCUUUACUAGAACAAAACAUUAACUUAGUGAUUGUAUAUGUGUGUGUAUAUAUGCACACAUCUGCAUAUGUAUGUGUGUAUAUGUGUAUAUACGUGUAUUUAUAUAUUUGAGACUAUUAUUCAGAUGACCUGUUUUCAAGCAGUAUUGUACAAUCAAAAAUACACUGUGCUGCAUUCAAAAUAUAAUGUAUAUUAACUGUGUUUGGUUCAGUUUCAGAAGAAAAAAAUGACAGAAGUAGAUCUACUUCUGUGGCAGGUUUCCUAUUUAAGCCUCAUUUAUUUUAAAAAAUCCAAAAAGCCACACUGAAUUCAGUAAGGCAUUCAAUCUGCUUCCUUUAAUUCCUCAUUAUUAAAUUUCUUCCCAGACUCAACCACGGCAUUUUGCUUUCACCCUUCCUCUUCCUAGCACAAGUGAAUGUAGAAUGUGGAUUUUCUCUACUAAAAUCUUCAAGCAGAUUUCUUUGAAUAAAACAUGUUUUCAGGCACUGCAUUAACACCAGCCUGCUUCAGUUUGUAGGUCAUCCUUGUAGAUUCAUUAACUAUUGAUAGUGAAAACGUUCAGAAAAGAGGGGAACUGUGUCAAAGCAUUUUUGCAUGUAUCUGUCCUAGUAUUUUGAAGAAAGAAGCCACAUUUGUUGCAUAUAAGAAACAGUUUGCAAUAGAAGUACUGGGGUUUUUUUUUAUUAGCACGGUCUUUUCUGCAGCCCUCAAGGUGGAUUAAUACAUUAAUUUUAGUGGGAGCUAAAUGUUUGAUAUCAGAAUUAUAGGCUGUUCAUAUAAAUUCCCUUUCAUCAUGGAAACAUUUCUGGUUUGAGAAAACACUUUUAAAAAAAUACUAAUAUUUGGAAGAGGUGUAAAUUUUGCAGUAAAGUGAUGAAUAUUAAAAAGGUGAAAUACAAAUGCUGUUGUAAGUUGUGCAAAUGUAAGUGGUCAUUUUAUGGUCAAGAAAUAUAUGAAUGUAAACAUUUUGCAGAUAUUGUAUAUAGUUUCUGUAAUAUAUGUAUAUUGGGUCAUAAGGUGGGUGGAGAAUUGUAAAAAUUAAGCACUUUAAUUCCUGUUGAGUACUUAAAAAGAUGAGAAAUUUGUAUCCUGUAAAAUAAAAGCAUCAUUAAAUAA